AAAAGAAAGAAGAAAGGGAAGGAAGAGAGAGAAGGAGAAAGGGAGAAGGAAGAAGGAGAAGGUGCCGGCCGGCGGUGGCUCUGGUGGCCGCCGUCGCACGCCGGUGGUAUCCCGGUGACUGCCGUAUCGCCGGAAAACCAAGCCAACCUCCAUUCUUGGAUGAUAAUCCACUACUUCAAGGCACUCUAUUGUAGAACCAACAUUCCUCAUGCAAAUUGUCUCAACAACCUCCUUAAGAUCUUCAAGGUUCUCAAUACAAGGUAUUUCAACCAACUUUUCAAGAGUCUCAACAAUCUCUUCACAAGGUGCUUCAACAUCUUUUUUAUACUCAUCAAUCAUCUCUUCACAAGAUGCUUCAACAACCUCCUCAAGAUCUCCAACACUUUCAACAGAAGGUGUUUCAACCAUGCUUUCAAGAUCAUCAACAACCUCUAGCACGCACACUCAUUUCCUUUGGUUUGGCGUCUUUUCUGGAAAACUGGUACCGUGGGGAUUUGUGGAGAAGUUUUAGGGAACACCAAUGUUUCAAGAAAAUGGUUACAAGUCGCUUGGAGCAUGAUGAUAUUCAUGGUCUUGCCAAAGCUUUAUCUGAUUUGAGUAUAGCAAGGCAACCGUCACUCUGGGAUUGGAACAUUGCAGGAUACCACUUAAUGUUCAUUGUUGAAGAAAAAGGUGUGAAAUUCAAGAAUAUUAGUCAUGAAAUCUUCCGGAAAUCAGGACCGACUUCAAAUCAUGAAGCAGUUGAAGCUCCCAACUCUGGACAUGCUGUUCACCUGGAAAAUCCUCUUGCUGUUGUUAGAUUUGUGAGACAGUUUCUGACAAAAACACGUCACCUGGAGAGCUGAAAUUUUGAUGAUUUAGUUCAUAUUGUUUUUCAUGGGAUCAUAAGCAGUUUUCACUUCUUCAAUCCAAUCUACAAUUCAAUCAUUUUUGUAUUUAUCAUCGCGGAUUCAAUUGGUAAUUGUAAUAGCUGUCAGAAAAACAAUUACUAGUUUGAACCAUAUUUGACAAAAAAGAUACAUAUUCGUUUAUGUAUAUCCAUGUUCAAUUGCUCAAAGAAAAAACGUCAUAUGUA